CGGAGCCCUUCGCCGCCGACCUUUCCCCGCACCUGCUCCGGGGCCGUGCCGCGGUGCGUGAAGGUCGCUCCGCUGCCCGCCGCUACGGCUGGGCUCUUCCUUUUGGCCGCAGGGGCGGCAUAGCCCCCGCGUUGAAGAAAGCGCCAGGGGCCGGCGUGAAAAUGGCGGGCGGUCGCUGGCCGCUCCUCCGGGGGCAGUGGGGGGAGGCCGGGGAGCGGCGGUGUGCGAGGAGGCAGGGCGCGGUGCGCGGAGGAGGGCCCCCCGGCGGGCAGGCGCUCUGUCGGGAGGGCGGCUCGUCCGCCGGUUGCCCCCCGGGACGGGGCCGCGGCGGGCGGGUGGGCUUGUGCCGUGUCUGCCCGCAGCCGCCGCCAGCUCGGCCCUGUCGCUGCCGUGUUCCUCACUCCCCUCAAGGAUGGCGGUUAGGGCUGUGCACCGCGUGUCGCUUAUCCAGGGCUUAAAUGUCCUGGGGUAAGAAAAGCCACUGCUUCCCCACAGUGACCUUUAUGCCACUUCUGUGAGAGGAACGGAUGUCUCAGAAGGGGCCUCUGCAAAUUAUUCUACUGACUUUAAAUGCUCCCGUUGCUGCUGGUGGCAUAGGAUGGGAAGGCACUGGUGAGGAGGCUCUUGCUGGGGUGGAAGGCCCCACGUGAGCCAGGUGCUGUGUCCUUGCAGGGAGGUGUCAGACAGGCUGCCCUCCCUCACUCCAUCUUGAUGCACAGGAGCUGUUCUUUCAGGGCAUGGUUCGUCCUGAUGAAGACCUUAGUGUGACUUAGAAAAUUUAGUGACUUAGAAGGGAACAUGCCUGAAGGGCUGGUGAAUGAGGAGGGGUAUGCCAUGGGAUGCUGGUUUCCCAGAUGGAGCAAAGCUUAAUUGCUUGUCCAUGAGUUGGCUAUGGUUAAUGCCCCAGGAAACUGGGACAGGAAGGCUUUGGGCAGCUUUUGGAGUCCUGCAUCUUCCUGAUGGUCACGCUCAUAUCCUGUCAAUGGUCUGUAAGUCUCUUUGCCUGUGCCUUUUGCCACUUCAAGGUACAUCAGCCCCAUGGGACAGACCUUCCCAGAACUUGCUCUGUGUUGGGUUACCUGUUUGAAGAGCCAGCUCUGGCUUUAACUAUGUCUGUCUACCUUCUCCCCAGACUCCCUGCAGGUACUCCAGAAGACAGGAGCUGCUUUGUCCCAGCUCUUGUGUGCCGCCAGUGUGUUGUGUAAAAACCAUCCCACGCGCAUGGGACCCUUCAGAGCGUGUUGUUGAAUGUAGGUGCUGUCCUAGCUGCCUGCAUGGCAUCCAACCAAUGAAUUACCCAACUUUGCUUUGCAAGCCCCUCUCUGUGUCCAGACACCCUUUUGGGGUCCUUGCAUCCAACCAUGGCAUCAGGACUGUCUUCGCUGCCAAAGUGGGUGGGGAACAUUUGUGGACCAGCUUUUACUCUAGCUGUUUUUUUCUUGUAGCCCACAUGGAUAGUAGUUGGCAGCUUCUUCACAGUGCAGUUCUGUCUGGUGCAGGUCAGAAUCCCUGACUCUGCUGGUUUGUGAUGAGAAGGGUCCCUGGCGCACGUGUGUCUGAAGACGGGCAGGAUUCAUCCCAUUUUCUGGAAAUUUCUACUGCAGCUGCUUUCCAGCACUUCUCCGGACAUAGACUCCUGUGGCACCUGCAAUGGUCGUAAAUAACAGCAUAGCGGUACCAUUCUUACGCUAACAGAACCAUAAAAUCUUCUGUGUACUUACUCUUGCAGCUGUAUAGGGCAGGAAUCUGAUUUAAGGAGAGAAACAGAAAAGUCUUUAUUGCUUGUGGAAGGCAAAGCAGAUUUGUAUGCUUUGAAAAGAUCUACUGUAGUUUUCUGCCACUUAGUGCUAACAGGAAAAAAAAAAAAAAAAAAACACAAAAAAAACCCCAACUGAUCUGCUUGAGGAGAUUCUGUUGUAAUGUAUCCGGUGGCUGUUCCUGCACCAGGAGGUGAAGGAAAUACUGGACAACACGGGAAACUUAUUUUUUUCCUUUUUGUUUUUGGAGCUGUGUUGCUCUGCGCUGGAUUCCUGCUUUCAGUCUUUAUUCUCCAGUCGUGCCCAUCUGGAACUUUCAGUGACUGUAACGAGGUCCUUAAGGCUGCUGGGCCUGUCCUAGCUGUAACUGGACUGGUUUGUGUUUUACUGGCACGAUCAAGGGCCAGGCUGUAUAUAAGACAAAGACAUUUGCAAAAUGAGCAGGUGUACAGCCUUGUUUUUUGUCGUGGGAGCUGUCAGUUUGCCCAGUUUCUCAUUUUUGGAUUCCUGUUUUUAACUAGUGGUAUGCUAAUUAGCAUCCUGGGCAUUUGGGUUCCUGGCUGCAGCCCCGGAUGGCACAGCAAACAGCUGAACCACACCGGCAGUUCUGAUGUGGACCUCCAGGGCUGUGGAUUCCUGUCACUUCAAAUCAUGGGACCGUUAAUUGUGCUCACUGGGUUGUGUUUCUUCGUGAUAGCUCAUGUUAAAAAGAAACAAAACUUAAAUCUCGACCAAGAAUCUUGUGAAAAUGAAGAACAUCCUCAGAGCCCUGAAUCUUUUCAGGUGACAGUAGGUGAUGCUGUAAUGGUAUUCCCACCUCCACCACCUCCUUAUUUUGCUGACCCUCUGUCACCAACUAUGACACGCUGUCUUAUGUCAAGUGAUUUGCCUACAAGUGAAAAUCCUCCACCAUACCACUCUAUCUUCAGUGAUGGAGCACAGCUUGCAGAUGAUGAAAGAACAGCUGCUGUUAGAGACUAUGAAACCAUUUAUACAAUUUCUGGAAGCAGCUCACCUUCAGAUAUUUUACCGAUGCUAUACCUCUCCUCUGAAUCACCUCCAAAAUAUGAAGAAAAAGCAUCAAUAACAAAUAAUGAGUAUUCUCCAUCUUCUUCAGCUAUUUCCUUAGCCACAUCUGACACCAGCCCAUAGAGGACUGUCAGUUAGACUUCAUUUUUGAAUUUAAUUGUACACUCAGAUUUACAAUUUUUGAAUUUAUUUGCAUUUUGUAAUAAAAGCAAUAAUGUUG